GUUAAUAUGUUGGACGACAAGAAUCGGAGGAUUAUUUUUGUAAUCAAAGCAUAGAAUGUCAGACAUGUUGGCUAUUUCUAAUUUAAAAUAAUGAAUUAGAGAUAAAGAAAACUUAAUUGUAACUAUGGCAAUGAGGAAUCUGGUUGAGGGGGAGUGUGGUGGGACCAAUUCCCUGAUGAAACUAACAUCUCACUACACCCAAGACAAAGCCAGGAGACAGGAAGGAUUUCUUCAUGGACAAGUUCAGAAUCAUGGUCUUGUGCCCGGGAGACCAAUUCAAGAAGCAACUGAACGAGAGUUAGUGGAUGAGUUUCUGACAGGGCAGAGAAUAAACAUGGCCCCACAGACUUUCCACAUGGGGAGCCUGCUACAGGAGAUGAGGGAGAUUGAAGAACAGGAAUACAGGCAUGCUCCACAGAGAGCUCCAGGAAUUCUGGAAUUGGCAUCCAAUGAAAAAUGGGCAGAUGAGUUCUUAUCAAGUAACAAAGAACCAAUGGGGCCAGAUUGGACAGGCGAAUUCCUUGAUCAGAAGCCACAGCAGGUGCUUCCUCACCCAGCUGGGGAUUUAAAGUGGGCAGAGGAGUACCUUGAUCAUACAGAGCACAGACCCUGGACAGAAGAAUAUGAGAAAGAGGUUUUAGAUGAUACUAAAUGGAUUGAUGAAUAUUCUACUCAAGAUGAUGAUCUGGCAAAAACUGCCAAAGAUCUCCUGAAUAAUGUAACAGAUCCUAAACUGGCCAACUCUGAGUUCCUGAAGUUUGUGAAGAAAAUUGGGGAUGGGGAGAUUGUAAUCAGGGAUAAUGAAGUGAUAGAGAAAAGUCCUGAGGAUAGAGCUGAGGACUGGGUUCAGGAAUUCUCCACUAACCCCCAGUUGGAGCCUGGGCAAUCAUUGGUUGAUCAGUGGGAGGAGGAGUUCGCUGAGAUGACAGGAAACAGGGGAACAUCUGAUGAGGAUUUCUGGGAAAAAUUACAAAAACACUGGGAGGAAGUUGACAAAACCACAGAUGAUGGGCAUCCUUGGUUGACAGAAUUUGAGGAAUCAGAUCCUUAUAAGGUUUACGAGUUUGAGGAUGAAAACCCACUUAUUGAUCAUCCUGACCCUUUCCAAGCUGGUCUUGAGAAGUUAAAAGAAGGGGACAUUCCCAAUGCUGUCUUACUGUUUGAAGCAGCUGUGCAGAAAGACAACCAGAAUACUUUGGCUUGGCAGUAUUUAGGAACAACACAGGCAGAGAAUGAGCAGGAACCAGCUGCAAUUGCUGCACUUAAAAAGUGCUUGGAACUAGAUAGUAACAAUUUGACUGCUCUUAUGGCUCUGGCCACCAGCUUUACCAACGAAUCCCUAGCUGCACAUGCCUGUCACUCCCUGAAAACCUGGCUCAAGAAAAAUCCUGCCUACUCCCAUUUAGUCCCAGGAGAAGUGGAAACAGCCCCCAAAAUUACCUCAUAUAUUUCAAGUACUGAGCACAGUGAAGUUAAAGAUUUGUUUAUUGAGGCAGCUCGUCUAAUGAAAAACGGGGAAAUUGAUGCAGAUGUACAGAGUGGCCUGGGAGUAUUGUUUAACCUUAGUGGGGAGUAUGACAAAGCAGUGGACUGUUUCUCUGCAGCCCUGCAGGUCAAACCUCAGGAUGCCUUGCUUUGGAACAAGCUUGGUGCUACCCUGGCUAAUGGUAACCGCAGUGAAGAGGCAGUAGAAGCCUACCACCAUGCCUUACAGAUCUCCCCAGGAUAUAUCCGUUCACGCUAUAACCUAGGCAUUGCCUGUAUUAACCUGGGGGUCCAUAAUGAGGCAGUGGAGCAUUUUUUAACAGCGUUAAACAUGCAGAAGAAAAGUCAACAUGGAAUGAAGGACCCACAAGUAGUCAUGUCAAAGAACAUCUGGAGUACACUAAGAAUGGCAGUCUCUCUGUUAGGGAGGCCAGACCUAUAUGAUGCCUGUGAUAAUCAAGAUUUAGACAGACUUAACUCUGAGUUUGGCAUGAACUCCUGAUAUAAAGUGCCCUCAAGGAGGAAGGAACACAUUCUAGAAUCAGGAGGACAUAAUCCCCCAGUGUCUGUUAAUCAUUCCCUCACUGGCUCCAAGUCUAGCCCCCCUUUACCAUCACCAUGUGAUUUUGAUGAUGCUCUGCCUGGAUGUUUGAGAAUGAUGUUGUUCAAUUAGUGAUUUACUUUAAAUUUUACCUGAUAUUAACCAAAUCGUGGUAAUUUGUGUGUUUAA